AUGCCGGAAGGUGUGGCUGCGGCGGACUUCUACAACCCUACGCCAGUUGUGAAUGGCAGUAAGAUCUACCUUCUUUUCCAGAGAGAGAGGAAUUCUGCGGAGGAUGCUCGAAUGACGAGUUGGAUGUACCCCUGGCUCCUUGUUGGGGAAGUUGAAAAGAAUGAGCAGGAAACGAAAACCAUCAGUUGGAAGGCUCGCACCUUUAAGUCUGGGCUCAGUCCAAAACUGAAGGAAUCGUUUCAGUUUUUUUCUGUCGGCGGUGGCGCGGGGACUGUGACGAAUAACGGUACGCUUGCAUUUCCCGCCAAUGCAAUGACGAAGGGGAACAAAGAGGUCUCACUGAUCAUGUACUCCAGUGACGCGGAGAAGGAUUGGAGGCUGUCGCAGGGGAUGACAGCCGAGGGCUGCGUGGAUCCUGCCGUUGUGGAGUGGGGAAGCGGGAGACUUUUGAUGAUGACUACAUGUGAGGAGGGCCACCACAAGGUGUACGAGUCGAGCAAUAUGGGGAAGACGUGGACGGAGGCGCUUGGGACACUCUCGCGCGUGUGGGACAACGCACUUGAGCGUGAGGGAUCUGGCGGUCAAAGUGGCUUCAUCACCGCGACGAUUGAAGAAAGGGACGUGAUGCUCGUCACCCUGCCGGUGAAUUUGAACGGCAGCGUAAGCGAUCAACUCCAUCUUUGGCUCACCGACGCCGCCCACAUUGUG